AUGAUUUUAAUUAAGAUUUCAAUUUUUGGUUUUUACUCUUUCUUGUAUAUUUUUAGAACUUAUGGACUUGAAUUAUAUCCACAGAAUGUUCUACAUAGCUCAUAUGAAGUUUUAUAUGAUGGUCACACAAUAAAAUCUAAUAAUUUAGCAAGUACUCUUUUAGCUUUAGAUUCUACUACCUGUAAUACGAUGUGUGAUGACUUUGACCCAAACUGCAAUUGUGAUGUUCCACAAACCUCAACAACUACAAUAACAAUGGAACAAAUUCAGACAUGGUUAACUGCAAUUGAAAGUAAUUCAGCUCAAUCUUCUUCAAGUCCUAUUUUAAAAUCUGGUGAUUUAACUUCAGAUUCAAAUUCUAAUAAUAAUAGUAAUAAUAAUCCCAAUUCAUUACUAUGGAUUAUCGGAAUAGUUGGAGGUGUAAUUGUAUUACUUAUUAUAAUAUACUUAAUAUACAGGUGGAAUAGAAAUAGAAACCAACAGAGAUCUAACCAAACUGAAGGUUACAUGAAUUAUUUACAGGGACAACCUGGAAUGCCUCCCAGUGGUAUGCCCUUCAUACCAGGGGGUCCAAAUUCUACACCAGGAAUGAUGCCGGGACAGAUACCAAUGAGAUAA